CAGCCAUGGCGGGCGCGGCGCUGGCGGGGGCCGCGCAGCUCUGGUCGCUGCUGGACGAGAUGUUGGAGAGCGACCCCCAGGCCUACGGCCGCUUCCUGCGGCAGCAGCGCGCCGAGGCCGAGCGGUUUUGCGCCCCGCCGGAGCCUCACCUGUGCCUGCGGGCCCGGCCCGCGGUGCGUGCGCGGCCGGCGGGGCUCGGCCCCCCCCGCCUGGGUGCCGGGAGCGGGGGCGAGGGGAGGGUUGCGAGGCCGCAGGGUGCUCAGCCGCCGCUUGGUCUCCUGCAGGACGUCAUCGGGGGACCGCUGUUCAUCAACGUCUGCGGCUGGAAAAGGGUCCCGGCGCCCAAGGCUGCCGCUGACCCCACUCCUGUCAGCGUGGGGCGGCUAGAAGAAGCAUCUGGCGAAGGAGAGCUUUGCAGGAUUAUAGAUGUUGCAUACAACCCAGCUGUACUUCAGAGGGCUGAAAAGCCAGAGGAGACGGAGCACCUGAUCCAUUUGACUCUCAAACUCAUCGAGGAGCAAUGCAACCUCCUUCUGCCCUAUUCAUACACCAUGGAGCCAUUCAAGUUGAAAGGAAGCCUGGCAAUGAUGCAGCAACGGCUGGAAGGAAGGCAGAGGCCAGCUCCACAGCUCAGCCAGAACACAAAGGAGCUGAGCCUUGAUCAGCUGCUGCAGGCUGUGCAAGCUGAGGACUGCAGCAAUGCCCCUGUGCUGCUGGAGGAGGAAAGUGUGACACAAUCCAGAAGGCCUCUGAUCGAGGAAAUCACCAGUCCUGAAAUAAGAGAGGAGCCAGCUGUCCCUGCCUAUGAAAUCAUCACUGUGAGGGAUGCAAAGGAGAAACCACUCCAGCUGGAGCUCAAGAUUUGGCUGCCUAAGGUUGGCUCAGUCUCUGAGUGUGACCUGAGCAUCUCAAAGGAUGACAUCACCAUGGAAGUGCCUGGACAAUACCAGUUGCAGCUGGAUCUGCCUGAAUUGGUGGAUGAAGAAGGAGCUACAGCAGUAUUUCACAGAGGGAAAGGGCUGCUGUUUGUCACACUGCCAGUUGCCAGGCCAGGGCCUUAAAGACUGCAUUCCACCCUCUGCCUGUUCACAGAUGAGCCCAGGAUGAGAAUCCAGCAUUCAGAUGGUGAUGAGUUGGGGUUUAUUUAAUUGAUCUUCUCCUCCUCAGGGCUGAAUACCUCACAUGCCCUUAGAAGAUGGAUGGAGAAGAGGAAGGCUGGAGGAAUCCAACUUAGGAACAG